AUGGCUGUAUUCCGAUUCGGUCUGAGGAAGACAGGAGCUCUUUCCAUUGCCCAGGACGCAUGGCGCGACAUGGAGAGCACUGAGCAGACAGGCAUGAAACUGACGAUACAUAGGAAAACAGUUGGCCUCUUGCUUAAUGGCGAGUAA